GCGCGUGAACGAUCACAGCGUCAACAACAGCUUCGAAAACCGCCGUAACUUUUUCAAACUUUGAAUCGGAGCCAUCAUAGCUAGCAGAGAUGAGUCUUUCGCUAAAGACGCCUGAUUUCAGCAAAGGAAGAGGCUCAAAAGGCAAACGGCGCGAGCUGGGCGAGGAGCAAAAACAAGAAAUCAAAGAGGCUUUUGACUUGUUCGAUACAGACAAGGAUCGGGCGAUAGACUACCAUGAACUCAAGGUUGCAAUGAGAGCUCUUGGAUUUGAUGUGAAGAAGGCUGAUGUUCUAAAAAUCAUGAAGGAUUAUGACAGAGAAGCUUCAGGCAAAAUUACAUUUGAUGACUUCAAUGAAGUCAUGACAGACUGGAUGCUGGACAGAGAUCCCCAGGAAGAAGUGUUCAAAGCAUUUAGGUUAUUUGAUGAUGAUGACAGUGGCAAGAUCAGCCUGAGGAAUCUCAGACGAGUAGCUAGAGAACUGGGUGAGAACAUGACAGACGAGGAGCUUCGUGCCAUGAUUGAUGAGUUUGAUAAAGAUGGUGACGGAGAAAUAAAUGAAGAGGAAUUUCUGGCCAUUAUGACAGGGGAUACAUGAAUACAAGGGACCCAGGAAAGAAGAAACUACAUUGUAUAUUUUGUUGCAAAAUCUUUGGACAUAGUCGUCAACAAUUACAUAUUUUUGUAAAGGAAAUAACCAAACAAGGAUGUAAAUGGGACUUACUGUUGUAGUAUAUAUAUGCAAGGAAGUUAUUUGUAAUAUGACAGCAAAUCACUAAUGAUCAAGGAAAAAUCAAUCAGAAGUUCAAGUUUAUUACAGUGUGGAUUCAAUCCAGGAACACUUGACAUUCUUGGGGGAAAGCUCAGAAUGAGGGCUCUUUUAUCAACAAAAGUAUUUACAUUCUUUAAAGAGUCCUUAUUUUACAGGCACCCCCCAAAGAUGUACUGAAAAUGUCAAAUGGUCUUAAUUUGAGUGUCCACAUUGUAAUGUAGGCAAAACCUGCUGGUGUUAUUGAAUUAAAUUAUUUGAUUUCAGCUGAUUAGGAAGUAUGGCUUUUAUUUUGUUACUGUAUUAUGUAUUUAUUAUAAGGAACAGCAGGGUAGAGAUUUUACUACUUUUGAAUAAAGAAAUGUUGAAGCUGUA